AUGAGAGAUAGUUCACAAGCUCGUGAAGUCUUUCCCAGUUUGAUUGAAACAGAGUUUUAUUUCACUGAUUCAGAUGAUGCUAGGUUGGAUGAUAUUUUGGUCGACUACGUUCUCUCCAGUCCCAGAGGUGUUACAUUAAAAAUAAAAUGUAUUAAAAAUUUUAAUCCUACAAAUGUAACAAUUCCAGAAAAUUUAGAAUGUUCACUGAAUUUACCAGUUAUUGAGUUUGUAAAUUCAUCAUCAUUGGAAGAUAUAAGUCCUGUUGCUGGAGAAGAACAUUAUGAAGUUCCUGCUAAAAAGCAAAAAUUAAAAUCUUAUGCUCAAGUAACGGUUCUUACCAAAGAGUAUAAAUUUUUCAAGUGUGAAAAUUGUCUCUCGUUUGGCUCUUUAGAAAUUCGUAUUCAAGUGGAGACUGCGUUGUAUACCACAACAUUCAUGGAUUUGUUGAGCACGGAAAAUGAUUUUUCAACAGCAACAGGAAUACAAUCUUAUAAAAUAUUAAAUAAAAUUGUUGAGCUGGUAGAGGUUGUGUAUGGACAUAAUUUAUUAAACUCUAAGAUGACUGAGAGAACGAAUUAUAAUGACAUAUCUUCGACGACAUGCAAAAUUUUGACUGGAGUCACUCCUGGAGGAAUAAUAUCCUAUUUUACAAAACCUUAUGGGGGUAGACAUCUUGACACCGCAUUAUUCGAGCAAAGUGAUCUAAUGACAUUAUUAAAACCUGGUGAUGCUGUUAUGACUGACAGAGGAUUUUUAAUUGAAGAAAUCUACGCUCGAAAUAAUUGGAAACUUAUAAGACCGCCGUUCAUGAAAGAUAAAAAACAAUUGAGCAAAGAUGAAGCUACAUUAACAUCAAAAAUUGCUAAAGCUCGAGUUUACGUUGAGAGAUCUAACCAGCGAAUAAAAGCAUUUGCAAUUUUAGGCAAAACUAUAUCAGUAAAACUCAUACCAGAACUCCAUAAAAUUUUUACUGUUGUUUGUGCCACUGUCAAUUUGAGCUCACCUAUAUUUAAAUACGAUAAAUUCAUGAAAAAUUAA